CUCUCUCUCUGAGCGCAAUGUUUAUAUAGACCACAGAGCUCCUCUAUCAGACUCAGUUGCCUUUCAGCUGCAAUUCACCAAACAAGCAGGAGUCCAGCCAACCGACUGCUCAGCAUCUAACAAGAAGGACCAAAAGAGAGAAAAAGAGACAUUAUACACAAACACUAAGUCUUGUUCUUAUUCUCACAUGGCCAGCAUGUCCGUGUGGACAUUUCUCCAGGCCAUGUGUCUGGUGGCUUCAUUGUCCAUGGCAGUACCUGAGAAUGAUGACGAUGAAAUCGAGGUGGGCUAUGGACCCAAUUAUUUAAACGAGAUAAUUGAUGAGGACCAGAUGGAAGAGACCCCCACACCUUCCCCUAAACCCUGCAAAAGUCCUGCUUUAACUAAAUGGGAUAAGCUCUUCACAAUGCUGGAAAAUUCCCAAAUGAAAGAGAACAUGCUCCUGCAGUAUACCGAUGAUAUCAUUAAGGUUGAGCUGCAGAAUCUGAGAGGAGAGAUGUUACAGUUUGUGGCCCAGUACGGCGGCUCUUGCGCAUUUGCCGUUGAGAGCUCAGUUCGACGGGCUGGGACUCAAACAGAAACGCGAUUGCAGAAUGUGCUGGACCGUGUGCGAGAGGUCUCAGCUGAUCAAUAUGCGCAACAUGACACAGCCCUGCAGCAGCUACUGGCUGCCAGUGUAAACCAGGCUGCACGGCUGGAGCAACUGGAGAACGGCUGCUUGAUAUCGGGGGGAGGAGGUAUGACCUCCCAAGCCAAGAGACAUCUCAUGCAAGAAGUGACUGAGACAGAGAAUGGAGGUAGGCUGGAAAAGACUCUGGCAACUAUCUCCAGUGAGCUGCAAACCAUCCGGGAACAGCUGACCCUCUACACCAGGUCAACAUUUGCAAACAGGCUUCCAUCAGGCUGUGACACUGGGCUGCUCUUCCCCACACGUUCAUCUAUAGCUCAUGUUGAAGUCUCACCCAAGAGACCCUUCCAGACCAAUGCCGUCACUAUUUGCCUGUGGGUGAAACCAACUCAGGUGCUCAACAAGACCGUCCUCUUCUCUUACAGCACAACUGGCAACGCCUAUGAACUCCAGCUGGUGUUGAAUAGACAGAGUGUCUUUUUUACAGUCAAUGGUGAAGCCUAUUUGGUAGAAGCUUCAGGAGCAGUACAAGAGGGUCAGUGGGUGCACAUUUGUGCAGUCUGGAGCUCACACCAGGGCAUUGCCUCUCUGUGGGUGAAUGGUCAACAAGCUACAAGCUCUCCUGGAGUGGCUGAGGGUCAUGAGCUACGUAGCAAAGGAAGCAUACUAUUGGGGCAAGAGUAUGGACGUUACUUCAAGCACCUUAGUAACCCAGACACAUUUGAUGAGGAGCACGCCUUCACAGGGAAGAUGACUGGAGUGAACAUGUGGGACCAUGUUUUGGAUUCAAAGGAGAUAUCUCAGCAGGCACGGCUGGAUGGGAGUGGUUGUGGUAUCCGUGGUAAUGUGGUGGCAUGGGGCGUGUCUAACAUUGAGCCAAAAGGGGGUGUCAAGUUAAUAUACUAAUUUCUCUACUGUCUUAACCACCUGGGCCCAUCAGCCAAGCUCCUAAAAGCACAUAUUAAGAACCUGCUUCGCUACACCUGCACACAACAGUAAUUUUCCUUUUUUCAGAAAAUGCUCCUUCAUAGGGAAAUUGUAGGAUGAACUGGCUGUAGUCAAAUAAAAUAAGCAAAUAAAAAUAGGUAAACUGCUGCCACUGAAGGGACAUCAUCAUCACAUAUGAUUAUAUAUUUUUACAAAAAUGUUCUGUUUUAAAAGAAUGUUUUCAAUAAUUCAAAAUGGAAGGAAUUUUAAAAAAUACAUUAUGUAUCGCCAAACUAUUUAUCUUGAUUGGUAAUGUUUACAUUCAGAUUUGACUUAAUUUUGAAUCUAUUUUUAAUGUAAUCCUUCAGUCCACUGUUAUUUUUCUUAUGCAUUUUUUUUAAACUAUAGGCUCUCUGUUACAUGUGGCCAUUUCGAAAUAUUUUGUUAUAUGAUUUCUGCUAAUGAAUAACUUUUUUGUCUUUGGUUUGUCAUUUUAACACAAGGUGGUUGCUAUGUUUUGAUGAUGAAACUGUGGAAAAUGUUUACAAAUUGUGACUUUAUUUUUGUUUCCGCUGAUGUGAUUAAAUGUAUUAUAAUGUAAAUUGAUUUUUGUUAAGAGGCUAAGAUGAAUGUAUAAUGUACAUAUUUUUUUUUUUUUUCCUGAGGGUCUGGAGAAAAAAACCAUAAUAAAAAUUUAAAACUAAAAAAAA